UGACAUUUCAAGAUAGUUGACGGUGGCGGCGUGGUUUACACUGUUGAAGCCGGAAAUAAGGAGAUUCACUAAAUAUUAGACAAAAACUUCAAAAUGAAUUUAACUACAGAAAUUCAAGCGGAUGUGAAUUCCUUAGUUCACCAGUAUUUAGAAAAAAUUGACAAAUCGCUGGCCCAGACCUUCAUGAAGAAAACUAAAGCGAAACCACGUGCCAAAAACCAACAAACCCUCUUAGACAUCAUUGCCAAGUUUAAUCAAGCAAAUAAAGCAAAAGCUGAAAGUUCCAGUGACUCGAGCGAAGAAGAUGCCCCUAAGAAACCAACAAUUCAAACAAAUGGGAAAGUGCCAGCAACUAAGAAAAAAGCUGAAAGUUCAGAUUCUGGUAGCUCCGAUGAUGAGCCACCAAAACAGGCAUCUAAGCCCAACCAAGCAGUUAAAAAACUUAACAUUACACCAGCUAAGAAACAAGAAUCAUCAGAUGACAGCGACAGUGAUGAUGAUGUUACGUCAAAACCUAAAAAGCAGCCUGUUAAACCAAUAAAAACAAAUCCAGUACGUCCACCACAAAAAAAAGAGGAAUCAUCAGAUGACGAUAGUAGUGAUGAUGAAUCUGAGAAAAAGGUUCCACAAAAAUCAGUUGUUACACCUGCCAAACUUCCAGUCAAACAAACUAAUUCUAAAACACCUAUUAAACAGAAAGAAGAAUCUUCUGAUGAUGACAGUGAUGAUAGUGAAGAUGAUAAAAAGAAACCCCCUGUGUCGAAACCUACAUUAAAGGCACAGACAAAAAAACAGGAGUCCUCAGAUGACAGUGAUGAUAGCAGUGAUGAUAACAAAUCAAAAAAGAAACCGGCUCCAAAAGCAACUCCAGCUAAACCUGUAGUUGCCAAAGUUCCUCCUACAAAGAAACAAGAAACCUCAGAAGACAGUGAUGAUAGCAGUGAAGAUGAAAAGGCUAAAACAAAACCAGCCCCUAAACCAACCCCUGCUAAAGCUGCCAUUGUAACAAAGAAGAAGGAAUCUUCAGAAGAUAGCGAUGAUAGCAGUGAAGAUGAAAAACCUAAACCAAAAGCUGUGGUUAAAAGUACUCCUGCAAAACCUGUAAAAAAACAAGAGUCAUCAGAAGACAGUGAUGAUAGUAGUGAUGAUGAAAAGAAAAAACCUCAAAAACUAGUACAGAAACCUCAAGCAACACCUGUCAAACCAGUUGCAAAACCAUCUAACAAGAAAGAAUCUUCAUCUGAAGAUAGUGAUGAUAGUAGUGAAGAUGAAAAUGAAAAGAGUCAAAAAGCUCCUACUAAACUUCAAGCCAAACCUACACCUACACCUGUAAAAGCCAAAGCUAAACAGGAAUCAUCUGAUGACAGCGACACUAGUGAUGAUGAAAAGACCAAACCUGUUCAAAAGACUCCUCAAGUAAAAUCAAAACUAACUCCAAAGAAGGAAUCGUCAGAAGAUGAUGAAUCUAGUGAUGAAGAACAAAAACCACAGCAAAAAUCUAAGGCGAAGCUUUCUAAAAAAGCAGAAGCAUCAGAUGAUAGUGAUGACAGUGAUGAUGAUGGCCCACCAAGCAAAAAGAAAGCAAAACCUGAACAAGAAACAGAAAACACUAUUCAAACUGGGAAAAAACGGAAAGCCUCCGGAGGUGAAACUGCACCUGCAAAAAAACCAUACAAUAACUUUGUGAAGGGUACUAAUCAUGUUUCAACACCUAAAGAAAAAGAAGGGGCAAACAAUAAACCGGUUCCGUUUCGACGCAUCGUUAGCGAGGUUGUGGAAGUGGACCCUAGACUUAAGGAUAACUCUUUUGAAGCAAAGGGUGGAGCUCGUGGCUCUUGGGGUGAACGAGCAAAUCAAGAUUUGAAACAUACACGAGGGAAGUCAUUCAAACAUGAGAAGACAAAGAAAAAGCGUGGUUCUUAUCGUGGUGGUGCAAUCGAUACAGGCGUCCACUCUAUCAAAUUUGAAGAUUAAGUUUAUAAUUACACUUGAACUACCUUUGAUGGUAUUGUAACUAAUUUAAAAGCUAGAAGAUUUCAUUCAUGAUAACAUUGUUUUAGUUCUGACACUUCAUUGUGUAUACAACGUUAUCUUGUAAUAUUAAUAUAGACGGGCGAGGGGAAUGCGUCAGUGCUGUAGUUGGCAUAACAAAAUAAAAAAAAAUCCAAUUAAUUUAUUCAAACGUCGUUCCAUUCGUAACCACAGCAACACACAUAAAAAAAAAUUAAAUUUUCCGUCCUUGACCAAUGACUAUCAAAAUUCUUAGUAAAUAAACUUGCAGAUAAUAACGCAAAUUUAGAAUUUAAUGUACUUUACGGGGCGACCUUUUUUGAGCACUGACUACGUUCAGCUCGCGUGGCUACUGAGCGUUCGUGUUUUAAUAAAAUCUUGAUGGUAAAUUAUAUAUUUUUCUUGUAUAGAUCAAAUGCGUGUUCUAUCUAGUUUUCAAAUUCAGUGUAUGCUUAUUUUUUUAUCGACUAUUGUUAUUAGUGUGAGGGAAGUUUGAAGUUAAAGAAUGUUUUUAUUGUUUAAGUUAUACUUGCUAUAUUCGCUUCAGCCACGGACUACUAUUUAAUAAGCAUUUUCAGUUCUAUUUUUAGGUACCUAGUUAAAUUCGGAUGUUCUAAAACUUUACUUGACAUUUGAAAAAAGAUUAUUAUUUUGAGUGCUAGUUGUUAAGUAUUUGUAAAUAGUGUUCUCGUUUUAAGUGUCACGUAUUGUAGUACUAAUUAAUGUACAAAUGAUUUAUAAUUAUAGGUUUAAGAAAUAAAUGUAAUUUUGCAUUACUGUUAAAGUCCCGCCUUUGAAUAUAAUGUUGAGAUACUAUUUGGUUGUUUAAU